AUGCUUUCAUCUCCAGCCUCAACGACGAUCAACACAACUCAAGAAUGCCCCCUCGACCUCGACUACGUCCUCACAAUCCCAUGGAACAACUCGGAUUGCACAAAUUCCCAAAACCCAAACAGCCCCUUAUCCCGAACUAGCGGCUCCCAAAGCCUACUCUCCCUCUUCGGCAUAGCCCUCUCCAAAUACCUCCAAAGAUCCUCCCCUUUUUAUCUCCCAAACCUGUCCACCUCAAUUUCUUGCCUCCAAAGUUUCCAAUCCAAGCUCAAUACCCUCUUGCUCGACCCCAUUUUGACCUCUCUCUGCUUCGAUCCCCUGCUAUUCGCCACAUCCCCAAACAUAUGCGCCGCGAUUCAGACCACCGACGAUUGGGUGUGGACGGUAGGGAACUCGACCGCCUUGUAUUCCUCGUGUCGGUCGGAUUUGACCGUUCCCACCUCGUGCGACGCCUGCGUCGCCGUCGGAUUCAGGGUUCAGUCCCAGCUGAUCGUCGUCGAUGGCAACCUCUCGCACGCCACCAACUGCUUCUAUUUCUCCGUUCUGUACGUUGCUGGGGUCGUGAACGAUUACGGGCCGGAGAGCGCCGGCGCCAUUUCGUGCAUUUUCGGAUUCUCAAUCAGGCCCAAAAGAGGGUCGUCAGGGAAUCGGGCCCCGCUUAUACUUUCGGGCUGA